AUUACUAUAUAUUAUUUCAAUAUUAAUAUAUCAGUAACAGAGUGAGUGAUAUUGAAACUAAAGCUUCUUCCCUUCCCUGCCAUGGCGGCGCCGCUGCUUCAGAAACCCUCAAUCCAGAAGCUUUGAAUCCGUCCAUUUGCAGGCAAGUCGUUUAUCAUUUCCCCACACAAGUUCUAUUUCUAUCAAACAUGAUUGCAAUUGCACGCAGGAAUCUCUCCUGUUUAUGCAUAAACCCUAAUUCAUUCCUCUGCAACUCCAAUACUCAUUUCUUCCCGUCAAUCCAUUUCUUCUCCACUUGGAGGGUGAAAAACCCGAACCCUGAAAUCUAUGAUCUAUUGCUCAACAAACACCAAUUUCCUCCUGAAUUAGCUUCAAUAGCUUCAUCGGGUUUACCUAAAUCUAGAAGCCCCUUAGGAGUUGAUACAUUAUUGUCAUUCCUCAAAGAGAAUAGCUUUACGGCUACUCAGCUGCAGAAAGUCGUCACAUAUAAUCCUCGAAUUCUAGGGUUUACCAUUGAGAGCAUUAAUUUCAAAUUGAAGGUAUUCCAGAGUUUGGGCCUUUCCCCCAAGGAGAUUGCCAAGAUAAUAUACGAAAAUACGUCUAUUUUACGUUCAAGUUAUGAGAAUAGGAUCAUUCCCAAAUUAUUGAUGCUAAAGUGCUUGCUGGGAUCCGAUCAUGAUUUGGCCAGACUUUUGAAACGAUGCAGCUGGUUUCUGUCAGCCGAUUUGGAGAAAACCUUAAUGCCAAAUAUGGAAAUAUUGAAGAGCUAUAGCAUACCAAUGGUGCAUAUCCUUCAUUUUCUCCAUCUUCGCCCGAGAUGUUUCGUGGUCAAGCCGGAUAUUAUGCAGAAAUCUGUAGUCAGGGCUAUAGAAUUUGGGGUCCCUUGGACUUCAGGCGUUUUUAUCCAAGCUGUGAAUCUUUUCACUCAUACGAGUGAAGGGAUGUGGGAAGUCAAGGUGCAAACGCUCCGCGAUUUGGGAUUUUCUGAUGAUGAUAUACUCACAAUAUUUAGGAAGCAACCAUUGGUUUUCUCACAAUCUGGGAAGAAAAUGAAGAAUGUCACAGAGCUUCUGCUUGCUACCGAUUUGUUGAGCCUUAUCGUGAUGAGAUUGGCGAAGAACACAUCACAAAGAUAUAUGUCAAGACAAAAAGAGAUGAAACUUUGUAAGCAACGAUUUUCGCCUUUGCAAUCGGAAGCUCAAAGUUUUGGUCCCUGUCCUGCCGUGAGUUUGAAAGCAUACUGCGAUGAUGUGGCGUCGGAGGGCUGAUGAAGUUGGGGAAGGCCUUGAGCUAGCUAAAGAAGCCAUGGUGAUUCAAAUGGAUUGUUAGUUUAUAUUCUAAACUUUCUUAUAUUGGAUGCAUUUUGAAGCAAUUGCAGUAGAGUUGGAGGUGACUGGAUUCAGCUGAGUUUGGAGGAGUGAAUAUGAAUAUUUUUUUGUAGAUCGGUAGGCGAGGUAUGCUGUUGUGAAUCCUUGUGAUUUUUGCCAGAAUUUCUCAAUUUCUCAUUUCAUUAAUGGAACUUCCUUCUAUUUCUCAA